AUGGCGGGAUCUUGCGAGAUCAGCAACAUCUUCUCUAACUACAUCAGCGCCAUGUACCAGCCAGAUGAGGUGCAGCCAACCCUGGACAUGCUGGGACACCUUGGGGACGACAGCACCCUGGGGCUGAGCCUCCCCACCAGCCAGCCCCCGGCACAGAGCACAGACAAGCCGGAGUGGUUCAGUGAGCUCCCGUACUUCUGGACCAAGGUGCAGGUGCUGGAGUGGAUCAGCUACCAUGUGGAGAAGAACAAGUACGACGCCAGUUCCAUCGACUUCUCCUGCUGCAACAUGGACGGGCACGCGCUCUGCCACUGCACCAGGGACCAGAUGCGCCUCAUCUUCGGGCCCCUGGGAGACGAGCUCUAUGACCGCCUGCACGAGAUCACCUCCGAUGAGCUGAACUGGAUCAUCGACUUGCUGGAAAAAGAGAAUGCGACUUCCCAAGAGACCUUCCUGGACUCCAGCCACCUGGAGCUGGGAAAUCCCUGUGCCAAGGACUCCCUGGAGGACAUGAAGCCCACAAACCCUUUCCUAUCUACAGACUUCAUCUGCUUGCCUGGUGCCAUGUCCCCAGGCAACUCCGAUGUCUCAGGGCCUGUGAUGUCCCACAGCCCCAACUCCCAGGACUCCGGUGGAAGUGACCUCGACCUGGACCCCGUGGAAGCAAAGCUCUUCCCUGACGAUGGUUUUGCAGAGAGCAAGAAAGGGGACAGCAAACACGGCAAGCGGAAACGGGGACGGCCCCGAAAACUCAGCAAGGAGAGCAGAGACUGCCUGGAGAGCCGGAAGAGCAAGCACUCCCCAAGAGGUACCCACCUGUGGGAGUUCAUCCGGGACAUCCUGAUCCACCCCGAGCUGAACGAGGGGCUGAUGAAGUGGGAGGACCGGCGGGAGGGCGUCUUCAAGUUCCUGCGCUCGGAGGCGGUGGCUCAGCUCUGGGGCCAGAAGAAGAAAAACAGCAGCAUGACCUACGAGAAGCUGAGCCGAGCCAUGCGAUAUUACUACAAACGAGAGAUCCUGGAGAGGGUCGAUGGGCGACGACUGGUGUACAAGUUUGGGAAGAACUCCAGCGGCUGGAAGGAGGAGGAGGUGCUCAACAGGAACAAGGAGCUGUAG